CUUCCCCCGAAAGUGGAACCUAACCCUAACCUGUUUGCGACUCCGUGACACUGUGUUGAAUGUAAACAAGCUCACAAUGCGUCCGCAUAAAUUCAAACUUCCUUGUGACGUGGACAGCUUUUCGCAAACCGACAAGAAGGUGGUGAUUGUCUCGGUGUUUGGUAAGUCUCAGUAUCGAGCAAAGGGAUGCAAGAUGGAUAUGCUGAGUUCUAUACUCCAGCUGAACCUCCUGGAUAAACCGGAGAUGGAUCAACAGUCCUGGUGUGAAAUUGAAGGAUAUUACAAUCCUAAGGAGAAGACAGUUUAUCUGCAUUUAAGAGGCUUCCUUGACGCUCAUGCAAUUGUAGCCGAAUACGAUAAGUUCACGGAGAAGCAGGACUGCAAGGACUUUCUUAGUGUUUGGGCACACAUGAGAGACAAAUAUGCAAGAGCGCUCCUAGUGCUGUUUCAUAUUUCUCAUGUGAUGGUACUCACUCAUCCGACGCACAUCUUCGACUACAGUUAUGUACAUUUAUUCCGUGCUAUGGACAUAGUCAGGCAAAAGCUUUCCCCGCAGCUUUCCGAUGUGUUAAGUUCCAUUCCUAGUCUACCCAAGGAUUGGAUUUCGAAUGUCAGGCCCUGUUCACCGCGGGUGUUAUUUUACUUUGAAACCUGUCCUGCGGUAUUCCAGGAUCCGAACAGUGAGGCUAAUAUCAAAAAGCUAGAGCAUUCCCUUGAGGAUCAAAUUUACCAUGUGUUAAGAAAACAUAGGAUUGUUACAAAUAUCAGCUCGAAUUCCUUGUUUGCAAUACCAGCUAAUCAGGAAUUCGUGUAUGUGCAUACCGGCAAUACAGACUCAAGGGACAUGUUGGGUUACAUGGCGAGAAAGUUAAUACACAGCUGUAAAGCCAGUUCCAGUAGUACACCGAGAAGUCUCACUAGUCUGGAUCCACCCAAUAUCGCGGUGGAGGACACCGAAACUGAGACUCAUUCGUUUAGAUCGUUUUUACAACAACAUAUAAAUUUGGCUUUUGCAAGAGGAUUUGAUGAUAACGUCAGUCGACAUUCCAUACCAGCCCAUUUUGAGGUACCUACUUUAAACAUAUUCUGCCAAGUAGCGAACAAAGUUUUCGAUUAUUUUAUUCAUGGAACGGACAAAGAGCUGUCGACGCUUCAUAAUUUGUUGGAUACCGACGUGAAGUUCAGUAAGAGCCGAUGUAGCAAGGUACUUCCAAGAGCUUUACAAGCGUAUCAAGAGAACUUGCCGCAGCAUUAUACAAGAGCGUAUCACGAGUCGAAACUGGCGCACGCGAUGACAGUCUUCGAAAUACACGCCCGUGGUCCGUUGUUCGAGGAGUUCAGUGAGAAAUUGCAGGCCGAGUGUGACAAGCAUUGGCGAGCCGGCAGGCAAAUGUGCGAGGUGUUGUCGCUCACCGGGCAUCCUUGCACGAAUCCUGUUCAUAGAGGAGGUAGCGAAGGUGCGGGAGGUGGGGAACAAACUGAGCCCAGAGAGGACGACAGCGAGCUGCCUGUCAGAGAGCAUUGCAGCGGCGUUAGAUAUGUGUGUGCUUGUAAUUGCGGUAGGAUCCAAGGCUCGAGGGAAGAUCCCUUCAGUCUGAAACAGGCGAAUUACGAAUAUUUCCAGAUGUUAGCGAAACAAUGCGGUUGCGCGCAAUUGGAAAGCGUACAGUUUCCCGUGUUUCAACCCAGCACACAUAACUACAGAGCGGCGCAGUUAUUUUCAGCGACGAAACGUCACGAUUCCUUCAGUCGCAACGAAUCCUCUACGCCACAAGAAACGCAAGCUUGCAGUUUAGGAGCCGAUACCCUGAAUGAUGAAAUUACAGAAUACGGUAGCGGCGGUCAAUCGCCGACAGCGAGCGAUCCGAUAGAAGGAGACAUUCCGAGAUUGAGCAGUAAGACAAGUUUGACGCCGAGCGACUCACACAAAGUUGUUAUAGAAAUCACUAACAGCGAUGCGGAAAACUCGAAAGACAAAUCUCUAGUAAGACAACCAUCGACGACGGAAUAUCUGCCUGGAAUGUUGCACACCGAAUCACCGGCCGGGUUGCUACCGCAAUUCUCCAGUUGGUCUUUAGUAUGCCUUGGACCGAGCAGCCUUUAUUCUCACAAUUUGGGACUGCAGCAUCAGAUCGGGAUGUUCCCUACCUCCGCGUAUCUGCUACCGUGGGACGUGACUGUCAGAUUGGAGCAUCAGAAGGAACGGAAUCCGCUGUGGCCAUUGGUGGGCGAUCACGGGGGUUACUGUCCCCGAGGCAAGAACUUCCAGAACAUAAACGUCAUACGUGCCCGUAAGUCGAAGGGCAAGGAGUUCGUGGUGAAGAUAUUCGUCGGGGUGGAGUACGAGUGUCCGCGCGGGCAUCGAUUUAUGGCGUCCGCGCCCGACAAGGUGCUGAAGGCGACCGGAAGCGGCAUAGUGAAGGACAGCGGGAACAAGGUGACGUCCAGCACGGCCGACAUGCCGCUCUACUUUCCUUGCCCGUGCAGGCAUACCAAGCCCUUGAUCGCCCAGCUGAUGAGAAUCCACGUGGUGACGCCUAAAGCGCCGGUGCACGUCACGUUGAAUCCUCGGGUCCAACCUGGGCCCCCGCCCUGCCCUAUAUUCGUCACCGGAUGCGAGGAGCCGAUCAAGCUUUCCCAGAGCACAUACUGGGUCUUAAGAUUACCAUACGUAUACAUGGGCGAGAAAGGACCGUAUUUGCCGCCCAAGGAACAGGUGCCUCCGUCGCACGGGCGUUUGCUAGCCGGCAUGUAUGGGAUCUGCGAAGUCGUCAAGUGAAGAAAAGACGACGCGAUGUUGAGAUAUUCCGCCGUGACUCAGAUGACCCGUGGACAAGUGUGUUGAACGCGCGUGAACUAUCGUGUGUUUUGAAAUACUGUGCAUUGAAAAUAAAGCAAUUUGCAAAUUUGUUUAUUCUCUC